UCCGACAGGACUAUAAACUCGUGACUCGACGAACACAAGGAUAGAAGCCCUAAGUCGGAGUCUCUCUCUCUCUCUCUCUCUCUGGCACACGCUCUUUUUGGGGCGAAAAAGAGGAGGCAGCCAUGGUGUUCUACUUCAAAGCCCGACCGGAGGCUGGCGAUUACUCCAUAUUCAUGGGCCUCGACAAGUACGAGAACGAGGAGCUCAUCAAAUACGGAUUCCCUGAAGACAUUUGGUUUCAUGUGGAUAAAAUGUCUUCCGCCCAUGUAUAUGUAAGAUUGCACAAGGGUCAGACUAUUGAUGAUAUAAGUGAAGGCUUAUUGGAGGAUUGUGCUCAGCUUGUCAAAGCAAAUUCCAUCCAAGGCAACAAGGUGAACAAUAUUGAUGUUGUUUACACUCCCUGGUCUAAUUUAAAGAAAACUGCUUCCAUGGAUGUUGGUCAAGUUGGUUUUUACAAUUCAAAAAUGGUUCGAACUGUGAGAGUGGAGAAACGGAUUAACGAGAUUGUUAACAGAUUGAAUAGGACAAAAGUGGAAAGGAAACCUGAUUUGAAAGCUGAGCGUGAAGCAGUUGGUGCUGCAGAAAGAGCAGAAAGAAAACAACAGCUGAGAGAUAAAAAACGACGUGAGGAGAUGGAAAGACUUGAGAAGGAGAGACAAGCAGAGCUAAAAAGUUACAAAGGUUUGAUGGUCUCUGAAAAUAUGACAUCUAAUAAACAGAUUGCCGCAACAAGCAAGUCCUUGCAGGAACUGGAAGAAGAUUUCAUGUAAGCUCAUGAUUCUUUAAAUGGCCAAAAAUUACUGGGCCGAUGAGGAAGCGUGAUUGUCAUUCAGUUUACAGUACCUUGUCUUUCCCUGUGGAUGUUUACAAGAAAUAGCAUUUGCAACUUCAAUGGAGCAGAGAAAAAAGUUUGGGAGAAGUGGAUGAGGAUGAGGAUGAGAUUUAACCUCCCUCCUUUUACUUUCAUAUGUAUAAGAGGAUGACGACGACGAACAUUAUUUAUAUCUGCAUUGGGAUAAUGGGUGAUAAAGCUCACUGUCAUAUUCAUAAACAAAACUAGCUAUGUUUACAGUUUUGUUUACUA